GUUACGGAUACGGCAGCAAGUUAGUACACCUGGACGCUCACCUUGCUGUAGGAAAGACUGUAAACUAGAGCACAUUAUACCACAGCAUGCGUUGAACCUACAGGCAUUUACGUCUUGGACCCUGACAGCGAUCGCCCACCACCAUACGCCACCUGGAAGCGCGAUACGAACAGAACUGCAUGCGCUAGCAGGCCACGCUUAGGUACAGGUCCUGUGUUCCUUCUAUUUCUCGACAAGCUCACAUUGGAAUUCCUGGCAAGCACAGUCUGUGAAGUUACAUCGUCGCUGCCAUGGCAACCUCCUUCCACACUACGUAAACAAGCACCACACUGUCAGCGCUUGCGUAGCAUACAACACUAGUACUGCCAAAGAGGGCUCCGGUCGAGCGGCGCUGGGCUUCGUCGGCAGUUUCCCCGGCUUACAAACAUACGUGCACGUUGACAACGAAAGAAUGCUGCAACCGUGUAUGAAGUCACCUAAAUAAGAGACAGGUAUUAAAACCGGACACCGCAGGAGGAGAGGCCCUACUUUCCAUACAAUCUCCAGGACCACAAGACGACCAUUAAAAGACAGCCCAUGGAUCCUUGGCGAGGCCAUGUUGGCCUUGCCCUAGCCGUCUUGUAUGCGAUCCUCCAGCUUUUGCAACCAGGGCUGGCGCAAUACCGGCCCGCGCUACCGCCUAUCGCGGGCUACCUAGAUUACAAGCCGGUAUUCUUGGAUCUUAUAAGGAAGUCCGCACUUUCCUCUAGCAUUGAGAAAAUGGGAGCGUCGUACCAGACUUCCAUCGUGCAAGGCUUCCCGCCGCCCAUAUCCCUGGACGUCAACACUCACGUCAUGAUGACCAACACGCUGCAGAGCUACCCAGCGGAGACCCUCAACUUGUUGGUCAGUCUGGUGGACCAGCCGGGCCGCAUGCUGGUGCUGGUGGCGGCGCCCGACACCAACCCAGACUACAACGAGCUGCUCGCCCCCUUCCUGGGCGAUGAUCCGGGCUGCGACUGGACCAACAUGACGCGCGCUGCGGGGCUGCUGUACAGCAUUGCCAACGUGCCCGCAUCGCUGGCCGCCGCCACCAGUGACAUCGGUAUCCUGGGCUUCCACUGCGGCCUGGGCACCCCAUGGUACCAAACCAGCGCUGGCAAGGGCCCUGUCUACUUGUUUGACACGCCAGGCGGCGGCUGGGUGAAGAUCAUAGGCUUCGACUGGGGAGCUUCCAGCCGGGUGGCGGACUACGAGAGGCUGCUGCUCGUCGCUCCACCUCUCCCACCCGCUCCUCCGCCGCCGCAGUUGCCGCCACCGCAGCUGCCGCCCCCACCGCCCGGCAACCCCAAGCCGCCCCCGCGGCCCCGGCCCCCGCCGCAACCGCCGCCGCCUCGUCCGUCGCCGCCUCCCUCUCCGCCGUCCUCGCCGCCCCCGCCGCCGUCGCCACCUCCACCCCCUCCGGAGCCUGUUCCCGACGGUCAAAUCAUCGCGCUGCAGGACCAGCGUUUCCCCAGCGACGUGCUGCGCAAGGCCUUCAUGCUGGUCACUCUGUACCAGAUGGUUGGGCAGAGCAACACCGCCUCGCGUGUCGCCCCCGGCAUUGCCCCCCUCCAUGUGGUGUACGACAACACCCUCACAGCGAUGUCCAGCAGCGAUCAGACGACGCUACGCAACAUGGUGGCUGCCGGCAAGACGUUGCUCACCGUCGUGGUGACCAAGGAGACGGCGGCAACCGACCUGGCAGCCUUGAUUGCGUCCAUGGCCGGGGUCAGCGGCGCUACUUGCAGCAAGCGGCUGCUCUCCUCCUCCGACUCCCUCACCGCCGUCACUGGCUCCCAGUACAGUGGAGUCAUGAAGGUGCCCGUCUUCCCCGCCGACAUGACGCCUCUAUCCAAUACAGUCGCUUUCGACUGCGGCGUGGGUCAGCGGGUCCUGGCAGUUGACGGCGAGGGCAGCGAGGGUGUCAUCUGGGAGAUCAGCGUAGGCGCCGGAGUGCUGCGGCUGGUUGGCUACGACUUCGCCUCCCACGGCUUCACGGGUGUGACCGGCUCCAGCGGCGUGCCUCCUGAAGAUCGCCUCCUGGGCACUUGCUCCCUCGCAGUCACCUACCCGCAGAGCAUGUUGGGAGGCGACAGCGCCGCCACACGCAUGCCGCCACCGUCCCCCCCGCCACCACCGCCACCGUCCCCGCCACCACCGCCACCGCCGUCCCCGCCACCGCCUGCAAAAUCCCCGCCGCCACCGUCCCCGCCGCCACCGUCCCCGCCACCACCGUCCCCGCCGCCGCCGUCCCCGCCACCGCCGGUCAAGUCCCCUCCACCGUCUCCCCCACCUCCGGUCAAAUCCCCGCCACCCUCUUCGCCUCUCUCCUCUCCUCCCCCUCCACCUCCCCAACUACCUCCCCCACCACCGCCAAGAAUCCCACCGCCCCCACCACCGCUUCCACGACCGCCGCCGUCGCCAACAAAGUCCCCGCCUCCUAAACCCAAACCACCACCACCUGCCAAAUCUCCCCCGCCUUCUCCUCCCCGGCCGCCGCCGCCACCGCCGUCUCCCCCCCCACCGCCGCCGCCUCCUCCCCCGCCGCCACCCACCAUUCCCCCGCCGCCACCUCCCGAUCGUCACGUUGUCGUUCUGUCUGACGUUGUACAACUCGAAGACCAAUGGACGAAGGACAUGUUCAUGGACGGUGUCCAGGCGGCCGGGCGCUCCAUCCUGCGCUCCACCAUUCCCCUGGGCGGCGUCCCAGUGCAUGUGGCGUACGACACAACCCUCGCUCAGAUGGAUGCGUCGGCCAUGGCCUUGUUGAUUACGUUGGUACGCUCCGGCAGCACCGUGCUGAGUGUGGUCACGACGGCCGCGGUGAACGACGUCCUGCUCACGGACCUGCUCACAAACAUCACGGGUAACGGCGGCCUGCAGUGCUGGACGGGACCGGUGGCCCGGGGCACGGCAAUCAAGCGUUUCCUCGCAGUUAAUGGCAACAUGAACUCCACCGGCUGGAUAGCGCAGGAUUUCACCCAAUACGUCAGGUGUAACACAGGGUUCGCUGUGUUCUCGGUCAAGGGCAGCAGCAACCAGGGAGUGGUUCGCGAGUUUGCCACCAAGGGUGGCGGCUUGGUGCGUGCCAUUGGUUAUAACUUUGCAUCGGGUGGUCGCGGCAAGAACCGCAAGCCAGUCACCGAAUUGGCCCUUUAUCCUGCGCGGCUGGUUGCAACAGCCGCCGGCAGGAGGUAAAAAGCGCUGGAUGGAUUGGUGGAUGUAGCAGCCGCAGCCACCUUUUUAAGCUGCCGCACAGGCAGUUGCACGCGACAAAACGGUUUUCGGUGAACGGCCUGUCACUUUAUGGUCGUACUUGUGCUCGACAGCUGUCGAAAGGCAUGCAUGUUACGGACAGAUUCACGGCCUUUUCAGUUUGCAAAUGUGCUUGCAAUUGGUUUACGGUUGCUUAUGGGCGGCUGUGGUAUGAUGCGUUUUAUGGCUAAUUCAUAGCACGACAGUUUCCAUGAAAGAACUGCUCAGGAGGUGUGCAACGGAC